ACUCGAUAAAGGAAUAAUUGUCGCAUCAGUACACACUGGAUCCCAGAGUGAAUCGCGUCAGUAAAGUGCUCAAUAUGUUGUGGAAAAGCAUUUUCGUCGUUUGCCUAGCGCUCGGUGUGCUGGCCGAAUAUCAGGUGUCUGACGACCAGAGGCAAACGAUCAAGAACGUGAUCAGCGCACAGUGCAAGAAGAAUGGUGCCGAAAAUAAAGUGGACGAAGUGGAGAAUGCUGGCAAGAAUUUCGUAGAAUGCGUGAAGGGACUUUUCGACUUCGAAACGGUCAAGAAGGAAAUUGAAGAAGCUAAGCCCAACGGUGCUCUCGAUGAGGUUUUCGGCAAGUACUGCGCUAAGUCUCCCCAGUUGAAGACAUGCAUCCACAACAUAAUUGACUCGGUUGCUCCAUGCCUGGACACCAGCGUGCGGGAACAGGUGGGCUCCAUCAACAACGCCACGGACCAGCUCAUCGACUUCAUCUGCUACAAAGACGGCGAUAGGAUUGCCUUGUUCAUUGCUGAGAACGGUCCCGAGUGUUUCCAAGAGAAGGCCGGUGAGAUUCGCGCCUGUGGAGAGAAAAUCAGGGACAGCAUACCCAACGUUGAGGCCGCCAAGAGUCUGCCGCUUGCCGAGCAAUGCGGAAAGUUUGAUGAGUUGACGACGUGUAUCGUAAAAGAGCUGGAGAAGUGCACAAACCCAACUCCUGGCAAUAUGGCGGAGUCCCUCUUCAAGUUCGUGAGGAAGGGAUCACCGUGUCAAACAGCUGUACCGAAAAACUGAUCUGCAACCAACUGUGUGCUACUGGAGUAAACUACAUCUUACGUGCCAUUUAGAUAAUCAUAUUGUAAUAAAAACAAU